AUGAAUACUGUUGUUCUGCCGUAUAUAUAUCUCUCAAAAAUUCCAUAUGGUCAAGCGCUACGUCUACAGAAUCACCUCGUUCAAGCUAGAUUUAAAACACGUGAUGCUAUGAAGAAGUCACUAAACGGUAACGAGCAUUCGGCGACUGAUUUGCUUAUAUUAUUACAACAUCCGUAUACAUACACAUCAGGAAGAAGAGACAAAGGGAGAACUUCAAAGGAUGAGGAGAGGUUACGAAGGCUUGGGGCCGAUUAUUAUGAGACUUUAAGAGGCGGACAAAUGACAUUUCACGGACCCGGUCAAUUAGUUGGUUAUCCUAUUCUGGAUUUGAACAAUUACGAGCUAUCUGUCAGAGACUACGUUGCAGCCAUAGAACGCACGAUUAUAAACACUUGCGCUGAAUUCGACAUAGACGCGAAAGUAGCAAAGGAUACUGGCGUUUGGGUUGGAGAUGAGAAAAUAUGUGCAAUCGGUAUUCAAGUCCGACGAUACCUGACGAUGCACGGGUUUGCUCUUAACUGUAAUAAUGACAUGAGAUGGUUUGAACACAUUGUCCCAUGCGGGUUACAAGACAAAGGAACAACGUCUAUCUCCCUAGUGAAAAAUGAAGAAGUUACUGUUGAAAAAGUGGUUCCAGUAUUAUGCAAAAAUUUUGGGCAGGUAUUUUAUAGAACAGUCAAGCCACUUGCCACGGUGAGAGAUUCGUUUGGAUACCUUAUCGAGUUGCUCGAGUCAUCUAAUAUCGUCAACGUACCAUUGCAACAAGAGGACUAG